ACCGACACGGGAGAGGGAGUCCGAGUCCAACGUGAGACGAUGCAGGAAAAUUUAUUCGCCCAAAAACUCGCCGACAAUGACAAGAAAAAUAGAGAUAAAGCUAUUAAAACGCUUAGGAAAUAUUUUUCUGCGAGAUCUACCGCGAAAAGAAGGGGUUUCUCUCAUGAUGAGAUGAUGAAAAUAUGGAAAGGUCUAUUCUACUGCAUGUAUAUGGCAGACAAACCACUCAUUCAGGAGGACCUGGCUGAAAGUAUAAGUGCAUUGAUACAUAGGUUUGGAAAUGUAGAGGACCGCCAUAAUUUUGCAAAGUGCGCAUUCCUGACACUGGCCCGUGAAUGGAAUAACAUUGACAUAUUCCGUAUGGAUAAAUUCAUGAUGUUUGUGAGACGAAUCCUGAGACAAAUAUUGGUGCAACUUAGUUUAUGCAACUGGAAUAUAAACCGUGUCUCAGAGAUCGCAAAUAUCAUUGGGACAACUGUUCUUGUGCCAGAUGACCAUAAACACAUCACACCUCUAGGGCUGAAAUUGCACAUGUCAGACAUCAUUUUGGAGGAGCUGGCCAAGAUAGGUCGUGAAGAUAUCAAAAAUAAGGCUUUGCUUGAAAUUUUAAAACCUUUUUUAAAGGUCUUAGCCUUGACAAAGGGAUAAACUUAUUUUGAAGAUGUCAGAAAAAUCUCCC